AUGAUUACCAAUGCUGGUGGUCGUCGUAUUGGUUGGGCGAUCAAAACUACCAAUAUGCGCCGUUUAGGUGUAGAUCCACCGUGUGGUGUCCUGGACCCCAAGGAAAAUGUCCUCAUGGCGGUUUCAUGUGAUACGUUUGACGCAACAAGAGAGGACAUCAACAACGAUCGUAUCACCAUCGAAUGGACUAACACACCGGAUGGUGCCGCUAAACAAUUCCGUCGUGAAUGGUUCCAAGGUGAUGGUAUGGUUCGUCGUAAGAACCUUCCAAUCGAGUACAAUCUCUAA